AUGGCGACGAACGCGCCUCCGAAGAAGCAAGCGCCGUGGAAAGGCUUCGUCGCCGGGAGCACCGGCGCGAUGCUCAGCGGCGCGGUGACGCAUCCGAUCGACCUCGUGAAGGUGCGGAUGCAACUCUACGGGCAGUGCGUCGGCGACGGCGUCGCUGGAACAAGAGCCUCCGUCGCGUCCUCCGUGUCAUCCUCCUCCGCGAUAAGCCCGCCCCCGGGGAUGAUGCGCACCGGGUUCCUCGUCGUGAAGCACGAGGGCGCGAAGGGGCUAUACAAAGGCCUCUCCGCGUCGCUCAUGCGCCAGGCGUCGUUCAUCGGCACCAAGUUUGGCGCGUACGACCUCCUCAAGUCCGCGAUGCCGGGCGAUCGGGACGCGAACGGCGCGCUGCCGUUCUGGAAGAUGACCCUGUGCGGCCUCGGCGCGGGCGCGAUCGGCGCCGCGGUGGGCAACCCCGCGGACCUCGCGAUGGUGCGCAUGCAAGCGGACGGGCGGUUGCCGAUGGAGGCGCGGCGGCACUACCGCCACGGCGGCGACGCGCUCGUCCGAGUAGUACGAGAAGAGGGCGUCCUCGCGCUCUGGCGAGGAUGCGCGCCCACGGUGAACCGAGCGAUGAUCGUCACCGCGUCGCAGAUGGCGGUGUACGACAAGAGCAAAGCGACGAUAUUGGAGGUUUCGCACGUGAAGGACGGCCUCGCGGUGCAGACGGGGGCGUCGUUCAUGGCUGGGAUCGUCGCGGCGUUGACGAGUAAUCCGAUCGACCUCGCGAAGUCGCGGCUCAUGUCGAUGAAGCCGGACCCGAAGACGGGGAAGAUGCCGUACUCGGGGACGUUGGACUGCAUCGUGAAGACGGUGAAAGGGGAGGGGAUCGGGGCGGUGUAUAAGGGGUUGAUACCCACGACCGCGAGGCAGGUGCCGCUGAACGUGGUGCGGUUCGUGUCCGUGGAGUGGUGCAAGAAAGUCUUGCACGCGUUCGAGUGA